AUACAGUGUCUUAAUAUGCGUUCAGUUCUAGUAAUUGUGUGUGGUUUUUUGUUCCAGUCUGCGUAUUGUGUCGAGACAGUACCCUAUCAACACGGCUUCCCUAUCGGUGCCAUAUUUGAUUGGAGCGAUGUAUAUGCCAGGACUGGAUUUCACUACGCCAUGAACAAGAUACUACAACAGAAAAAGAACCAUUUUAAUUUCUCCACAAUCAUUGAGGACAUCUCAAUACACGAUAGCUUCCAACUCAUCCAAAAGAUUUGUGGACAUUUGUCAAAUGGAGUCUUUGCACUAGUAGGAUCCCAGUCUCAAAUUUCCCACGAAGUCCUUGAUUCUUACACUCGUGUGUUUCACAUGCCUUAUUUGAGCCCAAACACAGACAACAACCCACAUCAGAUCAAACCAUUCUCCAUCUUCAUGAAGCCAGAUACAACCCGGGCUAUAGCCUCCAUCAUCAUUCAUAAUAAAUGGACGAAAUUCUACUAUAUUUACGAUACGGAUUCUGGUUUAUCACAACUUAUGGAACUGGAGCUGCUGUUAAAAGACGGCGACUUUCAAAAUACAGAGGUAACGUCAAGGCGCCUCAGGAGCUUACACGAGGCCCACAGGGACCUCAAAAUGCUGGACGAACAACAUGGACAUUCAAACGACACUAAUCCAAUUCAUAUUGUCUUUGAUUUGUCAAAUGAAACUGCUUACGAUGCUGUUUUACAACAGAUACGAAACGUCGGAAUGAAUAAAAAAGGAUAUUCAUAUUUACUUGGCAGUUUGGAUAUAGUAAACCAUGGUUUAGAGCGAUUUUCACAUGGCGGUGUGAACAUCACAGGAUUUCAACUAGUAGAUCAUCAGUCGGAAAUUGUCCAAAAUUUUCUGGAGGAAUGGAGGCAAUUACCAAUCUCGAUUUGGAAAGGGGCAGGGGAAACAAUCAGGGUGGAAUCUGCUCUCAUGGUCGACACAGUGAGCCUAUUACGUGAAACCAUUCAAUCUAUGAUAAAAAACAAUUCCGAAGUCUUCAGAUCUACUUUUAGAAGAGCAAAAGUAUACAACUAUGACCUUACUCAAGGUAUACCCUGCACUGGAAAUAGACCAUGGAUGCAUGGACUAAAUAUAAUGAAUAAUCUCAAAAAGAUUUCCAUUAAUGGACUUACUGGUGACAUAUCUAUUGAUGAACAUGGGCGCAGAUCUAACUACUCUAUUGGGGUAUAUAAAGUGGGAUUCAAAGAAAAUCCAACAAAGAUAGGCAGAUGGGUAGACAAUGUCGGUUUUGUCGCAGAGGGAACCAAUAUUACACAAGAGACAGAUGAUGGGGAGCUGAAGACCUUAGUUAUCACCAGUAUUUUUGAGAGACCUUUUCUUCAGUACAAAAAGGAAUAUGAAAACCCAGCAAACAGACGGAACGUAAAGAACCCAAACGACCUGUACGAGGGUUAUUGUGUGGAUCUUAUUGCCGCCGUCUCGGAACUUUGUGGAAACUUCAAGUACACAAUAAGACCAAAUAAAGACUCUGUGUACGGAGCCAAAGAAAAUGGAACUUGGACUGGUUUAAUUGGAGAACUUGUUCAGGGGAAAGCAGACUUAGCAGUUGCUCCUUUGACAAUUACAAAACAAAGAGAAGAGGAUAUAGCUUUUUCUAAACCUUUCAUGAAUAGUGGAAUAAGCAUUAUGAUUAAAAAACCUGAGAUUCAGAAACCCGGUGUCUUUUCUUUUCUGAAACCAUUUUCUAUCCCCCUUUGGAUGUGUAUAAUAGCAGGAUAUUUCUGUGUCAGUGUUGGAAUGUUCAUCGUCAGUCGUUUUAGUCCAGCGGAAUGGAGGCGGAAGUGUCUCCGAAUGGAUAAUGGCGUUGUUAAUAAGUUCACACUAGAGAGCUCUCUUUGGUUCACCAUGGGGGCAUUAAUGUUACAGGGUAGCGACACGUGUCCAAGAUCGGUGGCUGGACGUAUCAUAGGAGGAACCUGGUGGUUUGCUGUUUUGAUUGUCAUUUCAUCUUAUACAGCAAAUUUAGCAGCAUUUCUCACAAUAGAUAAACUAUUAACUCCAAUCCAAAACGCCGACGACCUUGCAGCCCAAACAGAAAUAGCUUACGGUACACUGUCCUCAGGAUCUACACAAUCUUUUUUCAAGGAAUCAAAAGUUCCAACAUAUCAAAAGAUGUGGGCGUAUAUGUCCACCGCUUAUCCAAGUGUUUUUGUAAAGACAACAGAGGAGGGUGUUCGAAAAGUCCGGGAUAUGAAAGGAAAAUAUGCAUUUUUAUUGGAAUCGGUUUAUAAUGAAUACUUUAGUCAGAGAGAACCAUGUGACGUAAUGCAAGUUGGCCCGCCACUCAAUACCAAAGGAUACGGGAUCGCAACCGCAAAAACUAGAAAACAUCAAGAACUAACGGAAAUGGUGUCUAUAGCAAUACUUCAAUUGAAAGAAAAUGGGUCUUUAAUUAAAAUGAAAAGACGGUGGUGGAUCGAAAAAGGUGAAUGUGGUGUUCAGGAGGAAAAUCAGGGUAGCAAGAAGAAGAAGAAAUCACUCUCAUUAAGUAAUCUGGCCGGGGUUUUCUUUAUUCUUAUAAGCGGCCUAGUUUUUUCUAUUAUUCUUGCCGUUAUUUAUUUCCUACGUUCGAGGUCCAACAGUAAACAAGGGGGAUUUCUUAUGCUUGGGAAUGACAAUACAAAUAUGUACCCAGAAUACUCUACAUAUCCUGUAGGAGAACAUAGCAAUGGAAUGAGUCCAAUAGUGCCUAAAGGGAUUUUAUCUAAUUCUGAAAAAUUUGCCAUGGACGAUGCGUCAAACAACAGAGUCAACCACAUCCAUGCCACCAGUCUUUUAUGAUACAUCUGAUUUAUUUAUAAUAACAUGUAUUUUCUCAUUUUUUAUACAUAUAUGCAUGUUCCACAUCUUUGAUCAGAUACA